AAACUAUGGCUGCGGCUAGGUGCUAGGAAAGACAGUUUUUCAGCAAAUAUUCAAGUUUUUCGUUGUGCAAAAGUUUUUUGAAAUCGGGUAAGAACGAUUUAAUAAUAUAUCAAGCUUAUUCAGCGAGUGCAGUGAUUAGGAAUGGCGUCUGAAGAAGAAGUGGAGGAAUCUUUCGCCGGAGGCGAAGAUGAAGCUGCUGAGGAAGCCACGGAGCUAGUCGAUAAUGACGAUGGGUCGGACGAGGGUCCGCCAAAAGGAGGGGUAAGUUCCAUAAUGGAAGAAGAUGAUGACUAUGAACCAGAGGAUGGACGCAAGAAAAAGAAGGGAAAGAAAAGGAAAGCUCGCUCCGAAGGAGAGGGAGGAAGUAAACGAGGCCGUAAGAAGAAGAAAAAGAAGAAGAAUGAUAGCGGCGAUGAAAGCGACUUUGGAGGCGAUGAUGAGAACGCUGGCGAUUCUGACUACAGUGGAGGGAGAAGAUCAAGCAAAAAGUCUAAGGGCAAGCAUGCUUCUUCAACUCCAACUACACCGUCGGUAGAUGGGUCAAAUACAGGUGGAAUGCCUACGAUUGAAGAAGUAUGUUCCACUUUCGGUUUAAAUGACGUAGAAAUUGAUUACACCGAUCAAGACAUGCAAAACUUAACAUCGUACAAGUUAUUCCAGCAGCAUGUGAGACCGUUCUUGACAAAGGAAAAUCCUAAAGUGCCAAUGUCUAAGCUGAUGAUGUUAGUAGCCGCCAAGUGGCGAGAUUUUUCCAACAUUAAUCCUCAUCUCCAAUCGGAGAAUUCCGAACCGUCAAGUUCGUUGGUAUCCGAUGAUACUUUUUCAAAACCAAUGCGAGCUUCAAGAGCUUCCAAAGAAAUUGCAUCAAAAAUUGUCGAAGCUGAAGCUGAAGAAUUUGACGACGAUGACGAAGAUGAUGAAGAAGAUGAACGAAGCUUAUCCAGUUUCAAGGAAAAGAAGAAGCGUGGACGUAAACCAUCAGCUAGGGGGAAAAAAACGUCCAAGGUCCCUACACUUAAAAUUAAGCUGGGAAAGAGGAAGAGGGGCAGUUCAGAAGAGGACGAAGUCAGCAAUGCCGGCUCAGAUAAAGACUCCGAUGCUGAGUUUGAACAGAUGUUGCAAGAUACUGAUGAUCCUAAAUCUAAAUCAAGUGACAAUAACGACGCGGGUUCGUCUAAAGCUACAUCCGAGGCCGGUGACGAGGUUCUUCCGAAACGGAAAGCUAAAACAAAGAUUGGUGUUAAGUCUAAAAGAAAACGUAAAACAAAGCAGAAAGAUGAUGAGCCUUAUGAGGUACAAACACUUAUAAAUAUUUGUUUAUUAGAGUUAAUUUAUUCUUUUUUACAGCAUCAAGAUUAUUGUGAAGUUUGUCAACAAGGCGGAGAAAUUAUACUUUGUGACACUUGUCCUCGUGCUUAUCACUUGGUAUGUCUUGAACCCGAACUUGAUGAAGCUCCUGAAGGUAAAUGGAGUUGCCCACAUUGCGAAAGUGAAGGACCAGCCGAUCAAGACGAUGAUGAGCAUCAGGAAUUUUGCCGCGUGUGCAAGGAUGGCGGAGAACUUCUUUGUUGCGAUUCUUGCCCCUCGGCGUACCACACCCAUUGCCUUAACCCACCUCUAACUGAUGUGCCAGAUGGGGACUGGAAAUGUCCGCGAUGCAGCUGUCCAGCGCUCAAAGCCAAAGUAGCGAAGAUCUUAACAUGGAGAUGGAGCGAUGUAGAUGUUGUCAACAAAGAUAAGAACGGCAAAGAAGAAAUUACCAAGCAUCGUCGUCGUGAGUUUUUCGUAAAAUGGCACGAAUUGUCUUAUUGGCACUGCAGUUGGAUAACAGAACUGCAGUUGGACGUAUACCAUCCACUAAUGUUCCGCAGCUACACUCGCAAGUAUGAUAUGGAAGAGCCCCCCAAAUUUGAAGAACCAAUUGAUGAAGCCGAUACUCGUUGCACUCGACUUCUUAAAAUGGGAGGUAGUACUAAUGAUCAAGAAAUGGAAGAGAAGUAUUACAAAUUUGGCGUUAAGCCGGAAUGGCUUAUCGUUCACAGGGUCAUCAAUCAUCGCACCAUGAGAGAUGGGAGGACUUUAUAUUUAGUAAAGUGGAGAGAAUUGUCAUAUGAUCAAGCGACAUGGGAAGAAGAGGGAGAUGAUAUAGCUGGUUUGAAAACGGCGAUUGAAUAUUACCAAGACUUAAGAGCAGCAACUUUAAGUGGAGGGAAAACUGGCAGAAAACCUAAAUCUUCUAAAUCGUCCAAGUCUAAAGCGCGAGAAUUGUUAGAUGAUGAGGACAGAAUUACCCCGAGGCGGUAUACACCACCUCCAGACAAACCAAUGUCUGACCUAAAAAAGAAGUUGGACAAGCAACCGCUCUAUUUGGAUGAAUGCGGAAUGCAAUUACAUGAAUAUCAAUUAGAAGGAAUUAAUUGGUUGCGUUAUUCAUGGGCAAAUGGCAUUGACACUAUUCUGGCGGACGAAAUGGGUCUCGGAAAAACCAUUCAAACUAUAACUUUCUUGUAUUCUUUAUAUAAAGAGGGCCAUUGCAAAGGGCCAUUUUUAGUGUCUGUGCCCCUUUCUACCAUCAUUAAUUGGGAAAGGGAAUUUGAAACAUGGGCGCCUGAUUUUUAUUGCAUCACCUAUGUUGGUGAUAAAGACUGCAGAGCCGUAAUUCGUGAAAACGAGUUGACAUUUGAAGAGGGAGCUGUAGCUCGAUCGGGAAGAGUAUCCAAAAUAAAAUCAAAUUCAAUUAAAUUUAACGUCCUAUUGACGAGUUAUGAACUGGUUUCCAUCGAUUCUGCCUGUUUAGCUUCAAUUGAUUGGGCUGUGUUAGUAGUCGAUGAGGCUCAUCGACUUAAAAGUAAUCAGUCAAAAUUCUUUAAGAUUCUCAGUAGUUACAGUAUUCAAUAUAAACUGUUAUUGACUGGUACACCUCUACAAAACAACCUGGAAGAAUUGUUCCAUCUGCUCAACUUUUUAAAUGCUCAGAAGUUCGACGAUUUGCAAACAUUCCAAAACGAAUUUGCAGAUAUCUCUAAAGAGGAUCAGGUUAAAAAGUUGCACGAAAUGUUAGGGCCCCAUAUGUUGCGACGUUUAAAAACCGACGUAUUGAAAAGCAUGCCGUCAAAAUCUGAAUUUAUCGUCAGAGUUGAACUGAGUCCGAUGCAAAAAAAAUAUUAUAAAUACAUUUUAACAAGAAAUUUCGAAGCGCUUAACCCAAAAGGUGGUGGUCAGCAAGUUUCCUUACUAAAUAUUAUGAUGGACUUGAAGAAAUGUUGCAACCAUCCUUAUUUAUUUCCCGCUGCAGCCGAAGAAGCUCCUCUUGGAUUCCAUGGACAGUACGAUAUUCAGCAUUUAACUAAAUCCGCAGGAAAACUGGUGUUGCUAUCAAAAAUGCUGAAGAAACUUAAGGAUCAAGGACACAGGGUUUUGAUUUUUUCUCAAAUGACAAAAAUGUUGGAUAUUCUUGAAGAUUUCUUAGAAGGAGAAGGCUACAAAUACGAGAGAAUUGAUGGAGCGAUAACUGGUAGUCAACGUCAAGAAGCAAUCGACAGAUUCAAUGCACCUGGAGCAAUCCAGUUUGUCUUUUUAUUGUCCACCCGUGCUGGAGGCCUUGGCAUCAAUUUGGCUACCGCAGAUACUGUGAUUAUUUAUGAUUCUGAUUGGAAUCCACAUAAUGAUAUUCAAGCCUUUUCCAGAGCACAUCGUAUUGGUCAAGCCAAUAAAGUGAUGAUAUACCGGUUUGUUACUCGCAAUAGUGUUGAAGAGCGGGUGACUCAAGUGGCCAAAAGAAAAAUGAUGUUGACUCAUUUAGUUGUGCGACCCGGUAUGGGUGGAAAAGGUGCAAAUUUCACGAAGCAAGAGUUGGAUGAUAUUUUGCGAUUUGGAACAGAAGAGCUAUUUAAAGAGGAGGAGGGCAAAGAGGAGGAGGCCAUUCAUUAUGAUGAUAAAGCAGUGGGUGAACUUCUUGAUCGCAGUAAAGAGGGCAUUGAACAAAAGGAGUCCUGGGCGAACGAAUAUCUCAGUUCCUUCAAAGUGGCAAGUUAUGCUACCAAAGAGGGUGAAAAUGAAGAAGAGGUUGAUACUGAAAUUAUUAAGCAAGAAGCUGAGAAUACAGAUCCAGCAUAUUGGAUUAAGCUUUUGAGGCAUCAUUAUGAACAGCAACAAGAAGACAUCGCCCGAACUUUAGGAAAAGGGAAACGUGUGCGAAAACAAGUUAACUAUAAUGAUGGUGGCAUGACAACAGAAACUCGAGAUGACAGCACAUGGCAAGAAAAUUUGUCGGACUACAAUAGUGACUUUUCUGGUGGAUCGGAUAAAGAUGAAGAAGAUGACGAUUUCGACGAAAAGAAUGAAGGAGAUAUUAACCGAAGAAGUAGAAGACGCAUGGAGAGAAAAGAUGAAAGAGAUAGACCGUUACCGCCACUAUUAGCAAGAGUAGGUGGCAAUAUCGAGGUUCUAGGAUUUAACGCGCGUCAACGCAAAGCAUUCUUAAACGCAAUCAUGCGCUAUGGAAUGCCACCGCAGGACGCCUUUAAUUCCCAAUGGUUAGUACGAGAUUUGCGAGGAAAGUCAGAAAAGAACUUCAAGGCGUACGUAUCGCUAUUUAUGCGGCAUCUAUGUGAGCCUGGUGCCGAUAACUCCGAUACGUUCGCUGAUGGUGUACCACGUGAAGGACUGAGCAGACAACAUGUUUUAACACGGAUUGGAGUUAUGUCUUUGAUUAGGAAGAAGGUUCAAGAGUUUGAACAUAUAAACGGAGACUACAGUAUGCCAGAGCUCAUUAAAAAGGCAAUUUUGGAGCAAAACAAGCCGGCCAGCAGUGGAGAUGGAGAUACACCAAAAAGUGCAACGACGAGUACAAGUGCUACCCCUGCAACUAGUGCUGCUCCAAGUCCAGCGCCAAUAUUUAGUGAAACAUCUGAAAAAGAAAAAUCGGAAAGCGACGAGGUCAAGGAGAAAGAAGCUGCGCCUGAGUGCAGUGAAGAUGAUAAAGGCAAAACUAUCGAAGACAAAACUGAUAUUGCCAAAGAGAAGGUCGAUACUGAGGACAUGAAACAUGAGCCUGAGGAAACCAAACAAGACGUUAAACCGGAUGCCGAAGUCAAAAGCGAACUGAAACCGGAGAACGCCAUAAAAGAGGAGUCUGGUGUUCAAGAUGAAAAGAAAGAAACCGAAAGCGAUGUUAAAAUGGACGUUGAUGUCAAGGAAGAAAAGAUAGUUGAUAAGAAAGAUGACGACAUUGUGCUAUUAGACGAAGAUAAGAAGGACAAGAAGGAAAUAAUCGAAACUCCCGAUAAAAGGAAGUUUAUGUUCAACAUUGCUGAUGGUGGAUUUACCGAACUACAUACUUUAUGGCUCAAUGAGGAGAAAGCAGCCACUCCUGGUCGCGAAUACGAGAUUUGGCAUCGUCGACAUGAUUAUUGGUUACUAGCUGGUAUUGUCACGCACGGAUAUGGAAGAUGGCAAGAUAUUCAAGCGGAUGCCAGGUUUGCAAUCAUCAACGAGCCCUUCAAAAUGGACGUUGGCAAGGGAAAUUUCUUAGAAAUUAAGAAUAAAUUUCUAGCACGAAGAUUCAAGCUCUUAGAACAGGCGCUCGUCAUUGAAGAACAACUACGACGCGCUGCAUAUUUAAAUUUAACCCAGGAUCCAAACCAUCCAGCAAUGUCGUUAAAUGCCCGGUUUGCAGAAGUAGAAUGUCUGGCUGAAUCACAUCAACAUCUGAGUAAAGAAUCGCUGGCCGGCAAUAAACCAGCAAACGCUGUGCUUCACAAAGUUUUAAACCAGUUGGAAGAAUUGUUGAGUGAUAUGAAGUCUGACGUGUCUAGACUACCUGCUACAUUAGCGAGGAUUCCGCCAGUGGCUCAAAGAUUGCAAAUGUCCGAGAGAAGUAUUCUAUCAAGGCUCGCGGCAACAUCAUCAUCAAACAGUCAAACCACUGCUCAAGUAAUGAGCCAAUUUCCACCUGGUUUUAACGCAGGCGCUUUAGCCGGUUUUGCGGCUGCAAACUUCUCGAGCUUCAGGCCACAAUAUUCAGUUCCAGGGCAGCCACCGAGUGGAUUUCCUUCCUAAAUCAAUACAUAAGAAAUUUGCGUUUAAAAUAGAAUCGUUGUGUAUUCUGUGGUAAAACUGACAUGAUAUUUGGAUGCUUAUUACAGAUUUGAAUCUGCAACGAUAUAUUUAAUUCGUACAAUGCUCCAAUAAGCCUCAAAAUCUACUGCUCUGGAUGUUAGUACAUUAUAAAGUUGUAGACUUAAUUUAGUAUAAAUUAUUUUUUUGUGCAGUUAUAAGAAUUUUAGUUUAUUUUUGUGAAAAUUUCUUUAUAUGCAUUUUUGUAUCUGUACUUUUCUAGGCUCUAUUUGGUUUAAUCGUAAUAAAAAUAACUUCCGGAAA